AUGGCCUCAUCAUCCUGCCCCGCCGACGACCCGAUGACGGCCCGGCUCUCGUGCGCCGCGUCGGCCCUGUACGCCAACCGCGCCGACUACUUAAAACCGGUGCUGGAGCAGGGCUCGGUGCUCGUCUGGAUCGCCAUCUGCACCGUCAUCGUCCACAUCAUCGUCAAGAAGGUCACGCCGCCCGAGAACGACGCCGAGAGCUGGAAUGGAUUCGUGCAAUCAACGUACGGCGACGACCGCGACGAGGCGGGGAAGACCACCGGGCUGACGAGUGGGUGGCAGACGGCAUUCGCGCUUGGAGCAUUCGCCACGACGAUUACGACGCUCGCGUGCGCGCUGGUGGAGUGGCGCGGGCUGUCGACGGCGAACGCGUUCGUCGGGAAUUUCUUCUUCAUCGCGGGCAUCGGCAUGGUUCUCUCGGCGCAGUGGGAGCUGGUGCGCGGCAAUUCUUACAACUAUACUGUAUUUAGUGCUUAUGGCAUGUUCUACGGCGGGUUCGGUGCGAUUUUGACGCCGUUGUUUGGGGUCGAGGCGGCGUUUGCGGAUGAUGCAGCUGGCUACAACAAUGCCUUAGGAUCUGACGAGUUGCAAGUUUGGACCGUUUUCAACACGUUCUUCCUCAUGGGCUCGUUUACCACGGAUGUUGUGACCAUCGCAACCUACUCCGCCCUGGAAAUCUACCUUUGUCUGCUGGGUGCCAGCUAUUUCGUGGCCGCAGAUGGCCGCGCAGAUGGCGGUGUUGCAAUCAAAAAGGCGGCGGGUUCGUUCGCCUUCAUCGCCGGAAUGCUGGGCUAUUACAGUAUGGGAAACGCCAUUUGCAACGAUCAGGGCCUCCCUUCGUAUCUGUUUCCGAUGGGAAAGGUCAACUUUGGACGGUCGAAGCGGAAUUAA